AUGCGGCUACCAUGUGUCCCUAAAGCCCUAAGACCGAGACAGAGGCAAUUGAAUAUUCUCAAUGGUCAAAAACGCACAUACACUGCCGCCGUGCUUGGCGGUGGCAUCACAGGCCUGACAUCCGCCUGGCAACUCGCGCAAGACCCCACAUGCCGAACAAUCAACCUGUUCGAGAAAACGGACCGGCUUGGUGGUUGGAUGAACUCCGAAACAGUCCCUGUCGAUGGUGGGAAUGUGGUGUUCGAGUAUGGGCCGCGGACGUUAAGGAGCUCGCUGCCAGGCUCGCUCCCUCUGCUUUACCUGGCUACAAAUCUAGGAUUGUACAAAGACCUCAUUAUUACCCCGAAAACGAGCCCCGCAGCCCAGAAUCGCUAUAUCUACUAUCCAGACCGUCUUGUUCGCAUGCCGGCGCCAAAGCCUGAACUUUCUUUCGGGGAGAACUUCGACAGUCUCGUGAAUACUUUGAAGGAGCCGGUGUUUAACAAAUUUCUCUCAGGAAUAGUGAAAGAUAUCUUUGCUCCACCCCGGCACCCAACUGAAUGGGCGGAGGAUGAGUCUGUUGCAGAGUUCAUCGGACGUCGUUUUGGCCCCAAAGUUGCAGAUAAUCUAGUUUCCGCUGUGUACCACGGAAUUUAUGCGGGUGAUAUUGAUCGAUUGAGUGCCCAAACACUGUUGGGUAGCAUCCGCAACCUUGAGGGAGGCAUUGGGGGCAUCGGUGGGUUGGUUUCUGGUGGAGUUACAGCAUCUCUUAUCUCCAGGUCGAUCUCCAAAACAAAGACUCGGAAUAUGGAUGAUUAUAUGGCUAUAGAUGUCAUGCCCGCAGGCCCCGAAUUAGUGCGUCGUCAGCAUGAUUUAGAAGUCCUUGCGGCUGGAGCUACUACUUUCACCUUUAAGAGGGGCGUUGGGCAGCUUGUCGAAGCACUGAUCGCUUCUUUGAAAGCAUCCGGCAAAGUCAACUUCCGAAUGAACACGGAGAUCAAAGCUUUGAGUUCAUGGGAAAGUUCUAGUAGGAUUGCGAUGGAAUAUUGGUCAGCUAGACAUGGUCAAAUAAAGACGUUUGAUUAUGGAUAUGUCAUAUCCACUAUUCCUCCAGUUGCACUUGCGAACAUCAUGCGCAAACCCGAGCAGUCAGAGGCCAACCUGAGCCCUGUGGGAUUGGCCCCAUCUCUACUACGCAAACAGAACUACGCUGUCACGGCAAUGGUCGUUAAUCUCUAUUACCCAAAUCCCAACCUUCUACCUGUGGAGGAUGGCUUUGGAUACCUCAUACCGCGUUCGAUACCAUACGAACAGAACCCAGAAUGUGGACUUGGCGUCAUCUUCGCCUCGUCCUCUAGUGUAGGACACGGAACGGAUCCUUCAUCACCUGAACUCAGCCAAGAUUCUGCACCUGGAACGAAACUCACCGUCAUGCUAGGAGGUCAUUACUGGGAUGGCUUCGAAGAGUACCCAGAUCACGACACCGCAGUGAAAAUGGCCCGCGCCAUGCUCAAGAGGCACCUGAAUAUCACCGAUACCCCAACUGCCGCACGGAGUCGUCUCCAGAAGGAUGCUAUUCCCCAGUACACAGUCGGCCAUCUGGACCGUAUGUAUACACUCUCGAACACAGUUCGCAAGGAGUACAAGAACCGGCUUAUUCUCGCGGGCAACUGGUACAAUGGAGUAAGUGUGGGCGACUGUGUUAAGCAGGGUAUCUUAUCUGCCACAUACGGCAUUGGAAGAAACCGGCUCAAUGAUGAACCUAGUCCGUGGCGUCCGUGGACCUCCUUUGAUUAUAGAAGCUGGAAACUCGAGGGUGGCAUUGUGACGUCUCCUGUUCGACUGGUUGACUCCAAAAUCUGA